GUCGCACUCCCAAUUUUGCAACCCUCCCGUGUCGAGACGAGACUCGCUUCCCCUUCAACCACUUCCAUUUCUCGCAUCCCGUCCAUCGCCAACGUCAAUCAUCCAACAUGGGUAAGGUUCACGGCUCUCUCGCCCGUGCGGGUAAGGUCAAGUCGGCCACUCCUAAGGCAAGUGCUCCCUGUUGAACCUCUUUAUCGCCACCAAGUUGUCGAGCCCCAGGAGAAGAAGAAGACCCCCAAGGGCCGCGCCUACAAGCGUGUCCAGUACACCCGCCGUUUUGUGAACGUGACCAUGACCGGUGGCAAGCGCAAGAUGAACCCCAACCCCGGCUCUUAA